AUGGACUACUCUGGAUACUACAAUCAAGGCUACACUGGCGGAUCGGGUGACUCUAACCCGUAUCAUAAGCCAUACCAGCCUUCAGCUGCGGCGCUUGCGUGGCAACAGUCCGGAUCGUCAUCGCGUGCACCGGCGAAUGCGUACGAGUACGAUGUCGGAGCUGCUGCUCAGGGAAGCGCAUACGUUCCAGGAGCAAUGUUGGAUAAAAAGGGAGGGAGCGGAGGGAAAUUGGCCAAGGGUGGAAAGAGGACAACAGUUUUGCGAAAGGGCGCGGGAAAGGUGUGGGAGGACCAGACGUUGCUUGAGUGGGAUUCGAGCUGGUCACGGCUUUUUGUCGGCGAUCUGAGUAACGAUGUGUCGGAUGAUGUAUUGGCCAAUGCAUUCAACAAGUAUCCCUCUUUUCAAAAGGCGAAAGUGAUUAGAGAUCGUCUCUCACAGAAAGCCAAAUACGGCUUUGUCGCGUUUUCCGAUCCUGAAGACUUUUUGAAAGCUUGGAAAGACAUGGAUGGUAAAUACGUAGGCAACCGUCCCGUCAAACUCAAGCGUGCAGAUGCAGCGAUCCGACCUGUCGAGAUUGGACAUCGCAAGGCGAGGCAACUCGACAAGGAUCGCAAGAACAACAAGCAUAAACCUUACUAG